AUGUCCUGUGGAUAUGCACCCAAACCGAUUGGAUGCAUCUGCUCCGCUACAUAUAGUCACAGAAAUAGUGAUGCAAGGACAACAGUGAUUGGUCUCUACUAUGUACGAGAGGAGUUUCGUGGGAAAGGAAUAGGAAAUGAGCUCUUCAGAAGAAUCAUAGCCAAUAAAAAAAACCACAACUUGUAUCUAAAUGCAAUUUAUAAUAUGGUGAAGAAAUAUCAAGUUCUCUACAACUUUGCCCUUGCCACACCUUGGCGAAUCGUUUGGUACCAGUUUAAUCCAAAGGAUUUGUACCUGGAGGAUUCAGAAUGCACAAAUGAAAAGAAAAUUGAUGUUACGCAGGUGACAGCAAAUAACGUAUCUCGUUUCUUAGAAUACGACAGCCGUGUGCAGAAUGAUCUCGAUCGAACUUCAUAUAUUAAGUCAUUUGCUAUUCAGCCGUGCGCUGAUUCGAAGGUUUGAAU